AAGAAAAAAAAGAAGACGACGAAGAAGAAGUGGACCAAUUACAGCUCGAACACCAACUUGUUUGGAUUCACACGGUUUCGGUCGAAGUCUCUGGUUUUGGUCUCCUCGAAAUUAAAUUGACGUUUCAGUAUAGCUGCUUGUUCGUGUUUACGCACUGUUGUAGUUUGUGUUUUAUUUUUGUGCUCGUUGUUGUUAUAAAAGAGAUGAAACAGUAAAGUUGACACAGCAACACAAGCUAGCAAAACUCUGGAGGCUGGUGUUUGCGUCGAGGUUGGUCUUUUUAAAACCCUAAAUGUUCGGAGGAUUUUCCCGUUUUUAUUAAAUUUCUUAGCCUAUCAGCCAUUAUGUGACUUUGUUACUAAGAAACCGACGCGCGCAGAGAUGGAAGUGGCCGCCAAAGGCAGAGCCAAGAGAAAACAUCUGGAUGCUCGGGACUGCGCUGAACUUGGACGGAGUGCAAACGGGACAGAUGUUCUGACCCAGCCCCACACAUCGAACCAUGCGCUGGGGAAGCGCAACCCAAACCGGGGGCUCUAUCCCAGGUCACCGGCAAAGCGAAAGAAACCCGCUGCUGCAGCGUCUGGAAGUCCUUGUGGUAAACAGCAGCCCAUCAACAGCUUCUUCUCUGUGACUAAAGUCCUCAGCUCCAGCCCACUCAAGUCCCCUCGGCCGUCCACAUCUGGAUUUCCCUGCCAACAGUUAAUGGACGCUGAUGAGGAAGAAGAUGAUGAUGAUGCUAGCCUUCUGGCUGCUUCGGUUGAAGCAGAGGCUGUGGCAGCAGAUGAUGAGGAGGAGAUUGAUGACACUAGCUUGUUAGCUGCUGAGAGACUCCAAGAGCUGGACGGGGAAAAGAGGGUUUGUGUGGAUUCCUGCCGUUUAACUGUGGGAGUGGAGCACAAGGAAACGGUGAACCUCAAUGAAGAUCCCCUGGAAGGAAUGACAGCAGAGAUGUUUGGGGAUGAUGAGGAAUUUGAAAAGUACGGCAUCGACGACGAUGAGGAAGAGGUGGAGCCCCUCCCUGACGCUCACUACGGACUCCUUGGCAGUAACAGCGUCUUGCAGGAACCGCAGGGCUGCAUGGACGACCUUCCGGAGGAAGUGCUGGAGCAGAUCUUGAGUCUGGUUCCUGCUCCCGACCUCUACCGCAGCGUCAGCAUCGUCUGCCAUCGAUGGAAGAACAUCGUGGAGAAUCCCAAGUUUGUGCCGUACAAGAAGCAGUACUACCGCUACACCAUGAGAGAAGUGGAGACAGUGCAGAAGAUCGUCAACAUCCUGAAGAACAGUGGGAUGAUUGGAGCCAGAUCUUCAGACCACUGCAUACGAAGUCUCAUUCUAUUGAUGGCUCAGCACGAGGUUGGAGAGCGGGUCCGGCCCGAGGACGUUCUGGAGUGCGUCAAGAAGCAUCGGCUCUACCCUCAGGCGGAGGCCUCCAUCAGGUUACGCGUUCCUGAUGUUCAGAAGUUCUUUCACGUUAACUCUGGGGGUCCAAACCCAUACGCAGCCAUGGCUGCCAUUCUGGUUCUGAGUGAGAGUGUCGGGGAUGUGGAGGACCUGGUGUUCCUGCUGCGCAGGAGCAUCUCGCUCACUGCAGUCACGGAGUUUCUCAGCCACAUGGCCACCAUGCUGCUUGCUUUGGACAGAAACAGAGUUCAGAUCAGCAACAGGCUACAUUACAACAUCUACUACGUCCUUCAUCUGAUGGAGAACGGACCGUUUGUCUCUGGCUCUGCUCAGGACGGGCAUCCUCAGAUCUACCUCACACGAGAGCAGCAGCAGAUCCUCAGCCACAAGAUCCAGCAGGACCACGUGGUCAAAAUCAUCGCGUUUGCAGGCACAGGAAAGACCACCACGCUGAUGAAGUUUGCAGAACAGCGACCUCACCUCCGCUUCCUCUACGUGGCUUUCAACAACUCUGUGGCGUGUGAGGCGCGCCGCCGCUUCCCCAGCAACGUGGACUGUAAGACCGUCCACUCCCUGGCCUAUAAAGACGUCGGGAAAAGAUAUGCAUUAAACAAGAAGCUGUCCUUCAACUUGGCGCCGUUCUCCAUCAACUGCGUUUUGCCCUCUGGACGGGGCGGCUUCACCAAAGCCAAAGUGGUGACCACCACGCUGAAGAACUUCAUGGCUUCCACCGAUGCGGCCAUUUCCACCGAGCACGUUCCCAACUGCUACCCGUCAUCCGAGAGCAACUACGAGUGGAUCCCCGAGUCUGAACAACAGUUGUUUGCUGAAGACGCGAAGGAGAUUUGGAGAAGAAUGAAGGAUCUUAAAGAGAAGUCGAAACACGCCUAUUACAUGCCUCAUGAUGGUUAUCUGAAGCUGUGGCAGCUCCAAGACCCAAAGCCCUGCCUGUCUGACCGCUACGACGUCCUCUUCAUCGAUGAAGCUCAGGACUGCACCCCCGCCAUCUUGGAUGUGCUGCUGUCUCAGCGCUGCGGGAAGGUCCUGGUUGGAGAUCCGCACCAGCAGAUCUACACCUUCAAAGGCGCCAUCAAUGCCCUGGAAAUCACCAGGCACACUCACGUGUUUUACCUGACGCAGAGUUUCCGCUUCGGGGCUGAGAUCGCCUAUGUGGGCGCAACUGUUCUCAAAGUCUGCAAGAGAGUGAACAAGAUUCUGGUUGGAGGAAAGCAGAGUGGCAACGUCUGCGAUCAGUCUGCCGCCGAGGCUUUGGUGGCCAGGAAGACCGGACUGAGCCAGAGCAGAGGGAAGAUUGGCAUCCUGUCCCGGUGUAACUUCACCGUCUUUGUCCAGGCGGUCAACCUCACAAACGCCAACCCGCUCUGCCGGAUCCACUUCAUUGGGGGCGUCAAAAGAAUCGGGCUGGAAAAGAUCAUGGACAUCUUCCAACUCCUGAACCAGGACAGAGAAAAGAGGAAAUCAAACUCCAUCAGAGAUCCUCUUAUCCGCUGCUUUUCGUUCAAGAAGGAGAACGGCUUCCAGGCUCUGAAGAAAUAUGUUUUACAGACGGAUGACAAAGAGCUGGAGGGAAAACUCACCAUCGUAGAGAGGUACCAGAAGAAUCUUCCUGAGGUGGUGAAUCGGCUGGAAGCCUGCAGCGAAAGUGACAUGAAAUAUGCUGACUUCAUUCUUGGGACGGUCCACAAAGCUAAAGGGCUGGAGUUUGACACAGUGAUCAUGACGGAUGACUUCACCAACAUCCAGACGUCCAGACACAACACGCAGCACUCUCUUGAGUCUAUGAUCCAUAAAAUCCCAGCGGACGAGUGGAACCUGAUUUACGUGGCUGUGACUCGCGCCAGGAGGUGUCUGGUUUUUAGCAACACCAUCCUGCAUCUUCUCACCGUGGCGGGGGAGUACUUCCUGAAGUCAGAGAUGCCCGUGGCGGGCUCUGGACCUCCACCCUGCUCCGUCUCAGACUGUCCCAACUGCCUGACUCCAGGCUCCGCCUUCAUCAUGUCGAAGAAGAAGAUCUACUGUACUGAAGGCGUGACUUUCAGCGGGCCGCUGUGCGAGCGCUGCGUGUGGGUGCGCGUCGGCCCCGUGGCGUUCCUCAUGACGGACGACGUGCUCUCCAUGGCAGAGAUCCCACGAGGACCGCAGCCGGCGAUCAACGAUCGAUGGAUAAUGGUUCUGUUGUAGGUGCUCGUUUUCGUUGGUGGUGUUGGUCCUCACCGUUCAUCAACGCACAAAAGGAAUGAACGCUAACAACUGUUUUUACUUUACUGUGUCAAAGUAUUUCAACAGGCUGGAAAUUGUUAAAUAAGACUUUUUAAUUAUUUUUUGUCAUAGGAAAUGUUUUAUUGUUUUGUAACCUUCAUUUGUUUUGUAUGAAACAUCCAACUGAAAAAAGACCUGCAGUUACCACAACUGUUCACUAGGGGGCAGCAAAUGAGCUGAGACAAGGAAACUGGAGUAAGCAAGAUCAACAGAUCAAGCUAGCAGUAUGCUAGCAGAUGGAUAUUCUUCAGUGUGAGUCCUGAAGUGGGAGGGGCAUAUUGGUUGUGGUUUGCUCCGCCCACCUCAACGACAUUUCAAAAAACUAAAUAAAGUUUGACUCUGUUGGGUUCCUCCACCCUCCAUGUGUGCACAUACUGCUUAUUAAAAAAGAAAGGAUUACA